CGCUUCUUUUUAUUAUCUUUCGUUUUCUUUUACUUGUCAUUAACCUUACAACAUAAACCCCCUAAAAAGUUGAAAAAACUAUACCCACCAAUACCUUAGAAACGAGAACAAAGGACAAAUAAAAUCAAAACCUUGUUAACCGUUUUGUUUUGCUUUGUUUCAUUCUUGUUCGUGUAAAUUGGAGAUGGAUAAGGGCAUCUUUAGUGGCAUGUCUGAUCUUCCUGAAGAGGAUAAGCAACGAAUGUCCACCAUGGUAGACCAGCUACAAAUUCGAGACAGUCUAAGGAUGUAUAAUUCAUUAGUGGAGCGAUGUUUCAAGGAUUGUGUCGAUACAUUUUAUCGGAAAUCCCUAACCAAGAAAGAGGAAACAUGUGUUCUCAGGUGUGCCGAAAAAUUCAUGAGGCUUUCCACGCAAGUAGGUUCGAGAUUUUCAGAUCUUGACCAAGGCGCAAAUACUGGUGUCUCUCAAUAGCCUCUGCCUUCUGGACAAUUAAUUUUUUCAUUUUUGUAACAUGGAGCAGUUUUUGUUUAGUAUACGUUUGUCCUCUUUAGUGGUUCUUAACCAAAAACUAUUCAUGACAAGUGAAAUUUCUUUAGAUAGAAUAAAAGAAAAUGUGAUACUGAUUGGUUUUGACAUGAUGUUCAUAUUCAAUGUGCCCAUCAUCUUCACCCUUUCUUUGUUGACGAUUGUCUAAAUAGCAUAUUCCAAGAGCAAAGUGGCAUGGAGUUGUUGAACAAGGUCCUCAAUAGAUGCUUCUCUAAUUUCUAAAGUUGUUUAAAUACAUGGUCUUUUUCUUCCUAUUUUGUUUUUUAAUUUGAAAGAUAAUCAUUUUCUGGCUACUUUUAUACUAAGCAUUUAUUUUUGUAUUU